AUGCCACAUACUCAGUCUGGAAUCCUGAUCAAGGCGCAAAUAGCAACUUCACUUCAUCCUUACACUCUUCCAUUAGAACAUAUUUCAUCAAAUGCAUCACUACCUCUCUCCCAGUACUCAGCCUACUCAAAGAACGCAAACCUCAUCUCUAUCCUUCUGACACUUGCUCCAGAUGUAACAAAAAUCAAGAAACACAACAACACAUCUGCUGAUACACAACUCAAUAUCACUCACUUGAUAUACGGAUUUGUUCCAGAUAAUCUCAUCACUUUUAUCAAAAAAUUCCAAUUUAAUCAAAAAUCAGCCACAUCUAUAGCUCACAAAAUGACAUAUUGGUUCGCUUUACAGGCCAAACUCAAAAUUUGGAAUGCCAGAUGCACAACACAAAUCAACGCUGACAAACAUAACAACAUAUUGAAAAAACAUAAAAUUCAUACCACUAACAGAUCUGGUCGUCCU